UCCGCGAGCAAUGCACGCGCUCCACGCCACGAGAGGCCAAGCGAGGACAUCGAACAUGCGCGGUGCAAGAGGCCACGUGAGGAUACCGGAUGUGAGCAAUCUUUCCCAUUCAAUGGGAAGUGGACAACCACCAGUUAGUCACUCAAGACCUUUCUUCUAUGUUCAACCACCCUCUCAUCCAUAUUUCAUGUGUCAAUGGCAGAUGAACAGCCCCUUUGGUCACUAUGGCUUGCCAGUGUCAGGUAUGCCCUUUGGAAGGCCAUAUUUGUCACCCUGUCCCUACAUGCAUUAUCCAGGUUACAUUGUGCCACAUGCUCCAAUACAGCCCAUUGAUUAUAGGAGAAUGUUUGCUCCCCACCUCCUUCCCACGAUUUCUUAUGAUGUCCGAUUCGGUCAGUACUGCAACCAGCAGGCCCAUGUUCAAAGGGAGACAGCCACUUCAGAGGUUCAGACAGAGCCUAGCAACCUUGUUAAUGAACUGCUUGCAAGCCUUGGCAGAGUUCAGACAUGCAUGUCCUCCACUGGGGUGGAGAAGGAGUUGGAAUCAGCUGUGGUAUCCCAAACAUCUGGAGGAAGUGCUUGCUCUGAGGAGGUAGGGGACUGUGAGGGAUCAAAUAGAGAGCUGGAACCCCUACCUCAGAGGCACUGGCCCACUAGAGAAUUAUCCAGUAAGUGCCGCCCAUCUUCACGUACUAUACAAUUUGAGACCAGUACAGUGUUCAAGACUGGAUCCAGUCAGAGCCACUUGGGUGACCUGGUUCAACCAGAGAGUUGGCCUGUAGGACCUGAUGAGGAGCCACCCAUAGACAGCUCUUCUGUGCAUGAGGAGACUGUGGUAGCGGAUGCAGAGUUGCCCCAGCAGAGCUGCCUUCCUGAAAGAGUUUGGUUUUCGGGUAUGCAAGGUGACAGCCCAGGUUCUGCAACCCCCAUAACAGAUGGCUCAAAAGCCCAUCCAGACCAUCAGACUCAAGAGUUGGAGCAGUGUAACAUAACUUUCAGACAGGGUGUCAGUCCUAGUCAGACAAACUCUCCUGGACCUCCUCCUCCAAAUUCAUCUACUUCCCUAGCUGUGGACAGUGUGGCACCAGACAGCCAGAGGGUUUCAAAGUCCUCCCAACUGCACCCAGGGGAUAGGAAAGACCUGCUGGAAAAGCCAGUAUUUGAUGUUGAAAACCUGCCUUACCGAAUCCUGCAGCUCCCUUGUGACAAAAUGACUGCUGCUGGACAGCUGCAGAAAGGAAGCCCACUGUGGUGUGUGGAUUCUGCCUUCCUUCCUCCUUCCAGUUACCUGUCUUCACUUGGGAAUGCUCUCUACUAUAGUUACUACCCCCAGGCAAGCCAGGAACGGCAGAGUGUGCUCAGCCCUUCCCUGGAGGAGCUCUCCUCUAGGGAUGAGUUGUUUUCCACUGACCUGGAGGACAUUGAUCUAAUCUCAGGUCAUGUCUAUGCUGGUGGUGGCAGAUGGGUUACAUCAACAACCAGAGACCCUCUAUGUUCAGAGGGUGAUGGGCUGUGCAGCUCCUCUCAGGAGGCUUGUUGCAAAUACCAGGAGAAAAUGUGCUCAGUCUGCAGCUCACAUUCCUCCAAAAUGGCCUGGAGGAGACCAACACAUGGGCUGGGGAGCUGUGACUGUGCAGAAGGGGAGAGUGAUGCUGAGACAGAGGAGGCUGGUGAGAUGUUGCAAAGUGUAUGCAAGCAUUGUAAAACUGUUGUUGGUAAGCAUAAAGUACAGAGGCCUCAGCAACUUCAAGGCCAACAGUCUUCUAAACAGAAAACAAAACCAGGAACUGAGAACCUAACAAACCAGGAGGAAUGGGAGCAGAGUAUCCUGAGGGAGCAUCAGUGCUGUAAAAAACAUCGCCAAAUAUCCAAGGCUUCAAGAUCUAGGGACCUUGAACUCAAGCACGUCAAGUCCCGACCUUGUGUAGAUAAACAGUUGUGUGACAACCAUAUCUCAGACCAAGAGCACUGGGAAAGCUGUAGUGUAAAACCAAGAUCUAGAGGCUGCAAGGUUCACCCUUCACAGGGUCAAGAGAAGUCCACACGGAGAAGGGUGCCCAGCAAGACAUUAAAGCAUCAAAGACAUAAAAGGAAAGACUUGAAUGAUGAAACUGAACCUCCAGGCCAAAAGGGAAAAGGGUCCACAAAGAGCUACAAGAAGCUAAUUUAGUGAACACUAAAUGUAAGUGUGCAACAGCAGGAACCACAAUUAAAUGCAAUGAUGUAUCACAGGCUACUUAAGUUUUCACUGCUUCAUGGAAGUUGUCUAAAGAUAUGGCUCACUGAUCCAGCAUUUAAGUGCUGCUUCUACCAGAAGGUAGCAGAAUGGUCAUCUGGUUCACUUUGCUGGAUUGCUUGCCUUU